AUGCCUGGCACCGCCACCGGGAAGAAGCUGGAUCUUUCCAGGCUCACGGACGAGGAGGCCAAACACGUGUGGGACGUCGUCCAGCGAGACUUCGACCUGCGGAAGAAGGAGGAAGACCGACUCGGGGACCUGAAGACCAAGAUUGAGAAGGAAGACACCAAAACGGAGCUGUUAGGGAACCAGACCAGUCUGACUGAGUCCUACUGCAUUCGGUGUCUCCAGCCCUUCAAGUUCCUGGUCAACAGCAGACGUCAGUGUCUGGACUGCCACCAUUACAUCUGCAAGUCCUGCAGCCGCUACAACAAGAAGGAGCACGGCUCAGUGUGUGAUCCCUGUCACAUGGCCAGGGUCCUGAAGAUCGGCACGUUGGAGUGGUACCAUGAAAACGUCAGAACCCGCUUUAAGCGCUUCGGCAGCGCCAAGGUGAUGCGCUCGCUCUUCAAGAGGCUGAGCGGGGAACACAGCGGCUCUCAGAGUGACUAUGGAGCAGAUGGAUAUGAGGAGCACAGUAUGGAUGCCACGGACUCACAAAACUACAAAAGGAUAAAAAAGUCCAAAAGGAGGCUAACUGUCGAUCCCAUUGAUUUCCAACUGGGCUGUGACUACUCCGAGUCAAGAGGACGGUCCAAUCAGGCCCCGGGUUCCCAUGACGUCCUGGUCAUGGAUGUCGAUGGGGGGGAGUUGAACCUGGCUGAAGCUGACAUGGCUUCUGUUUUCCAUCAGAUGUCGGAGCAGCAACGUGCAGGUGAAGAAAGCCCUGAUGAUGUUUCCCUGGUAGAUGACCUUGUGUUCCCGUCCCGCUCCGUCUCCCGGCUCAGCCACACCUCCCGGGGCAGCGGCAGCGGGGGGGGCCCCCAGGGCAGCGGCAGCUACCUGGCCGGCCCGGACGACUCGGGGGAGGAGGAGGACGAGGAGCACUGCCGGCCCUACCUGCUCUACCAGUCUCACCUGGGCCCCUGCAGCCACACGUCCCAGGAGAGCUUGACCUCAGCCCUCCCUCCACCGCAGAUCUCUGAGCUGAACAGACACAUAUCAAACAUAGAGAGCAUCUUGAGUCGCUUAGAACAGAAGGUCACCUCCACGUAUGACCAGGCGUCUCUUACCCCCAGCAGCAGCUCUCCUCUUCCUCAGUGGGAGGGAGUGGACCAGGAGGAACAGCAGCUCAGACAGAAGCUGCACGACAUGACCCACAACAUCAGUGACCACAGCCUGACCUCGGACGAGGAUGAGGACGAGUCCAACGGGCCUCACUCCUCGCAGCAGGAGGUCCCGGCGUGGAGGAGCCCGGAGGGGGACAGCAAACCGUCCAGACUCCCGACCAGGCCUUCGUCCAGAGCAAGCACCGUGGACUCCAUCCUGGAGGAGGAGCCUCAGCAGACUGACUCUCAGAAGACAAACCAUAUGACAGACAGUGUGGAGAGGAAGUGGCUCCCCCUAGAGGAGGGAUCGGAGUCGAGCUUCAGAGGCUCGACAGCUCUACUGGUGGAACUGGAAGGCCAGGUAGCUCAAGCAGCUGCCGAUGUCCAAAACGCCCAGAGCGAGGUCUCUUACAUCGAGAACAGAAUCGCUGCUCUGAACGCUGCCGGCAUGCCUGUGGAUAAAAAGAGAAGGUCUGCGAUCCCGAUCCACCCGAGAAGACUUUCCCACCACGUCCCCUCAAGUAAGAACCAUUGCUGUUUGUCUCCAGGCCAGGUGGACAGGUUUGUGAGGAACUCCCUCUACAGGGGCUCCCUGACCCAGAGGAACGCCGUGGCCAAGCCCAAGACCGGAGCGAGCUGUGCGAAACCAGUCAUGACUCAGGGUUCCUGAGGAGGAGGCUGAGCCUUUUGUGAC